AUGGAUUACCUCGAAAGUAUAACAAAGCAAGCUCAGCAGUUGACUAUGUAUGAUGUCAAAUCAUACUAUAACCAAGCUAAGAAUAUGGUGUUGAACGUUUCUGAGAUGGAAGCGAAAGUGAGAGAAGCCACCAACGAUGAUCCUUGGGGGGCAUCAUCAACGUUGAUGCAGCAGAUUGCGGAUGGUGCCCAGUUCAAUGAGAUUAUGCCAACCAUAUACGCUAGAUUCAUGGAGAAAGAAGCUCGCGAAUGGAGACAAAUCUACAAGGCUCUCACCUUGCUAGAAUUCCUGGUCAAGAACGGUUCCGAGCGAGUGGUAGAUGAUGCUCGAGCUCAUAUAUCGACCAUUAAGAUGUUAAGAAGUUUCCACUAUAUCGAUGAGAAAGGUAAAGAUCAAGGUAUCAAUGUCCGAAAUCGUUCGUCUGAAAUCGCUUCUCUUCUCGGCGAUGUGGAAAAGAUCAGAGUUGAAAGGCGAAAAGCUAAACAAAAUAAGAACAAGUAUCAAGGUGGUGGAAAUGACAAUGGGAUGAGCUUUGUCACUACUAGUGGAAGUAGAUAUGGCGGAUUCGGAAGCGACAGUGUCAGUGGUGGGGGCGGCGGUGGUGGUGGUAGUGCAAGUGGCUCGAGAUAUGGAAGAGGGGAUUAUGACAACGGCGACGAAUACCGAUCAUCAUCAAGAGGCUUCCGGGAUACUACUGCUAAGCAAGAUUUCGAUGAAUACGAAGGUGCAGAUGAUUUCGAUGACCAACCUCCCCGUCGUACAACCACUGCGUCAACUAGUCGAGCGGGCGCCAGUGCCAACACCAGAGCACCUCCUAAGCCAGUGGCCAAGGAAGAAAAACACGUUGAGAAACCAAAAGAAGUCAACUUGUUUGACUUCGACGAUGAACCUGCUCCAGUGGCUUCUGCUUCUGCACCCGCUGCCGCUCCUAAUUUGGGAGGAGACGACGACUUUGAUGAUUUCCAACAAGCUCCUUCGGCUCCUGCUGCUGCUGCUCCUCCUCAACAAUCCAAUGCAAAUGCCAACCUUUUCAAUUUGCUCAAUGCCAAUCAAUCGUCUGUUCCAGCACCUCAAGCGUCUCGGGCUCAACCAACUUCUACUCCUCAAUACAACUUUUCUUCUCCACCGAUUGCUCAACCUCAACAACAAGCACCAUCAAUGACUUCUCGACCUUCGUAUUCUUCCUCCUCAAUUGCUUCCCCUCCGGUCAUCUCCCCAAGACCUGCAGGUGGAGCUUCAACUUUCGAUGAUCUGUUCGCGUCAUCUUUGACUUCUAUGGGAGGUCAAAGUGCGAAUAAGCAAGCAGGUGGAUCAAAGACGAUAAAAGACCUUGAAAAGGAGAAGACUAUGAGCUCACUUUGGGGUCCUACUCCCACCCAGAAGUCUCAAGUCCACGGACAACAGAAACCACCUGCUCAAAACCCAGGAAGUGAUUUUGACGAUCUACUUCUGUGA